GUGAUCUCAUUUUAGUUAUUGAUAGGGCUGAUGAAAUCAACAUGCCCUACAUUGAGAAGAACCCUAAUUCUCACGAUGCAUACAAUUUACUCCCUACUUCAAAUUCAACCACUCUCUCACAACUGAUCGUCUUGAUCUCCGGCUUCCCCCUUUAGUUCAAUCGCGGUGGUUUCAGAUCUUCUCCGACAUCUUUUCCGAAUAAACAGAGCAAUAUGAUGGAGUUUUAUGAUACGAUUGACACGUCUGAUGAUUGUAUGAGCCCAGGGAAAUGGCCUUCCUCCACACACAAGCUGUUGGAUGGAAAAACUUCUGAGGUGAAAAGAAAUGAGUUGAUAAUGCUGCACGUUCUUCCUCUGCUCCCGGCGAAAUCACUCAUGAGGUUCAAAUGCGUUUCGAAACAGUGGUACCGCUGGAUAUCCACCCCCAUUCUCUCCCACCGGCAGAGCUUCUCUUUCCGGCAACUCUCCGGCUACUUUUACCAGGAUCAGACCGGCGGCGAGGCUAUCAAGUUCUUCUCCCUCGACGGCCUGGCGUUCGGAGUCCCCAGAUCCAUUCCUGUUUUCCAGGGGCAGGACAAGGCUCUGUUGUGCUCUGCCAACGGGCUGCUUCUUCUCCGGUACUCUGAGUCCUACUGUGUCUGCAAUCCGGCGACCGGAGACUGGCGGAAGCUCCCGGCUCCGGGGUACUACCACGGCUACAAUCCCGCGGCGGUUUUGGCCUUCUCCCCUUCCCUGCAAAAUAUCGAGGCGUACUACCAGGUGGUCUGUGCUUUCACCCUGCUCGGCUCCCCUGUCAUCUGCUUUGAGAUCUACUCCUCCGCGACGCGAUCUUGGAGGGUCUCCUCCGCCCUCUGCCCGGAACUCGGAGAUUCUUGCCUUUCCGGCAGCGGGUUCUACUCGAACGGAUGCGUGUGGUGGGAGAUGACCGUGGGGGCGGCGUCUGGGCAGUUUCUGGUGGCUCUGGACAUUGAGAGCGAGCAAUGCGGGGUGGUUGCCAUGCCGUCCGGCGCCGGCGGCGGGACAUUCACCCAGGUACAGGGAGAGGUGUGCUACGUGACGUCAGAGAUGCACAGCGAGGGCGUAUUCGUGGUCGACAUCUACGGCGGGCUGGACAUGGGCCUGAAACGCAGCGUCUGCUUGAACCUGUUUGAAUACUCGGCGUGCAGGGUGGUGCCGGCCGGCGGGGAGUGCUUGGUGAUUCUCUGUGAGGCGGCGCGGGAAGGAAUUGACGGCAAGAAGAGGACGGUGGUGCAGCGAUAUGACAUGGCGGACCAGAGGGUCGAAACGGUUUGCCGUCUCCCGGGGGGGAUCGAUUUGCAUUGCAGCGGCGAACUCGUGCCGUACGUUAACAGUCUCGCCAUUGUUGCUUGAUAUGUUGAAGAAGCUUCAUCUUCUAUUUCUUCCCAACAUGCUCUGUUCUUUUUAAUGCUUUGACUCUGUUAUAAGUAGGAGGUAAUAUGUAUUCAAAUAAACCCGAAUACUAAAAUAUAAUGACUUUCCUAAUAUAGGACCCUAUGUUUU